AGUCCCGUCUUCGUCGGCAGCAUCAGGACCAAAAAGAUCCCAGCAGCGAUGAGGAGGGGAGGGGGGAGAAAAAUAUGGUGCAUAUAAACACGCUGAUGGAAUCGAUAGAUCCGGGGUUCUUUGAAUCUAAUAUUUCAGGUUCGUCUCAAAUUUAGUCGCUUUAAUACAAGCCUGAGGCGUGUGUGUGUGUGCGUGUUGAUCACACAUACAGGUUUCUCGUGAUGACGACGCUGUAAACCUGCCCUCCGUUCCUCUUUUCGGGAAGGAUUCCUCCAGUCUGCAGAGAAUGAGAAUGAUGCUGACGGGCUUGUGUUGCGUAAAGGUCGCAGCUUGGUAGUGGGAUGCACAUCAGCGCUUGGCCGGGUUCGCUCUCCGUCGUUAUGGCAGCUUUGUACCAGGGCACGGACACCUCCUCCUCUCCCGACAAAUUCCUGGCCUUAAAAGACGUGAGGGAAGUGAAGGAGGAGACGACGCUUGACGAGAAGCUCUUCCUGCUGGCAUGCGAGAAAGGUGACUAUUACAUGGUGAAGAAGCUGCUGGAGGAGAACCGCCAUGGUGAGCUCAACAUCAACUGUGUGGACGUGCUUGGCCGGGACUCGGUGACGAUCGCCAUCGAGAAUGAAAACCUGGACAUCCUGCAGCUUUUGUUAGAGCAUGGCUGCCAGGCCACAGAUGCCUUGCUGGUGGCCAUAGACUCUGAGGUUGUGGGAGCUGUGGACAUCCUCCUCAAUCACAGACCAAGGCGGUCCUCAAAGCCCUCUAUUGCUAAACUGAUGCAGCGGAUCCAGAAUCCGGAGUACUCUACUACCAUGGACGUGGCUCCGGUCAUCUUGGCAGCGCACAGGAACAACUACGAGAUCCUCACCAUGCUCCUAAAACAAGACAUCUCUCUCCCUCGGCCUCAUGCUGUAGGCUGCGAGUGCAUGCUCUGCAACGCUAAAAACAAGAAGGACAGCUUAAGGCAUUCCAGAUUCCGUCUCGACAUCUACCGCUGCCUGGCGAGCCCCUCUCUCAUUAUGCUGACGGAGGAGGACCCCAUUCUACGAGCAUUUGAGCUCAGCGCAGACCUGAAGGAGCUCAGCCUUGUGGAGGUGGAGUUUAGGAAUGACUAUGAGGAACUAGCAAAGCAGUGCAAGAUGUUUGCCAAGGAUCUUCUGGCCCAGGCUCGAAACUCUAGAGAGCUCGAAGUGAUUCUUAAUCACACUUCCAGCGAGGAUCAAAUUGACAAGAGGGGCCUUUUGGAGGAGCGCAUGAACCUUAGCCGGCUUAAACUGGCCAUCAAGUACAACCAAAAAGAGUUUGUGGCUCAGUCCAACUGUCAGCAGUUUCUCAACACUGUCUGGUUUGGCGAGAUGGCCAGUUACAGACGCAAACACACCUGCCUUAAGAUGGGCACGGUGCUGAGUGUGGCGUUGCUCUGGCCGCUCCUCUCUGUCUGCUACCUGCUGGUACCCCGCUCUCGAGUUGGUCAGAUAAUUCACACGCCGUUCGUAAAGUUCAUCAUCCACAGUGCCUCCUACUUCUCCUUCCUGCUGCUGCUCAACCUUUACUCUAUGAUCUACAAUGGAGACAAAAAGAACCUAAUGGGCCCUCCGCUGGAGAUGAUCGAUUACCUGCUGAUCCUCUGGAUCAUAGGAAUGGUGUGGUCGGACGUGAAGCGCCUGUGGUACGAGGGGCUGGAAGACUUUCUGCAGGAGUCCAGGAACCAGCUGAGUUUUGUCAUGAAUUCUCUUUAUCUGGCAACCUUCACGCUUAAGAUAGUCGCUCAUAGCAAGUUCAAAGAGACACAGACAGAGAGGAAGAACUGGGACGCCUUCCAUCCCAUCCUGGUGGCUGAGGGCCUCUUUGCCUUCGCCAACGUUCUGAGUUACCUCCGACUCUUUUUCAUGUACACCACCAGCUCCAUUCUGGGGCCUCUGCAGAUCUCCAUGGGUCAGAUGCUACAAGAGUUUGGAAAGUUUCUGGGCCUCUUCCUGCUUGUAUUAUUCUCCUUCACCAUUGGGCUCACCCAGCUGUAUGGAAAAGACUACGUUAAAGACAGCAAGGACCAGAUUAAACCAAGCAAGGACUGCGAGGGCAUCUUCUGCCAGCAGCAGAGCAACGAUGCAUUUCACACGUUUAUGGGGACCUGUUACGCUCUGUUCUGGUACAUUUUCUCCUUAGCGCAUGUUGCGCUCUUUGUCACCCGCAUCAGCUACACAGAGGAGCUGCGCUCCUUCGUCGGCGCCAUGAUCAUAGGCACCUACAACAUUGUGGUGGUUAUUGUGCUGACCAAGCUGCUGGUGGCCAUGCUCCAUAAAAGUUUCAGACAAAUUGCUAACCAUGAGGAUAAGGAGUGGAAGUUUGCACGGGCUAAACUCUGGCUGAGUUACUUUGAUGACAAGUGUACCCUGCCCCCACCUCUUAAUAUCCUGACCUCUCCGAAGACCGUCUGCUACCUGGUGACCAGUCUCAGGAAAUGGAUCUGUUCUCACACCACAAAGGGCAAAGUGAAGAGACAGAAUAGCCUCAAGGAGUGGAAGAACCUGAAACAGAAGCGCGAUGAGAACUACCAGAAGAUCAUGUGUUGUCUGGUACACCGCUACCUGACUUCCACACGACAGAAGAUGCAGAGCAUGGAUCAGGCCACGGUGGAAAAUCUCAACGACCUUCGCCAAGAUCUGUCCAAGUUUCGCAACGAGAUGAGGGACCUGUUGGGAUUCCGGACAUCCAAAUACGCCAUGUUUUACCCAAGGAGCUAAGGCAAAGAAAGAAACAACAACAAAAAACUGACUACUUCCUCUUCCUUCUUUCCUCCUUAUUAAAAUCUGCUUCAUGUUUAUCUGGGAUCCCCCAAGCAUGUGCAAAAACUCUGCUCUUUAAAGUCACUGGGCUAAUUUUAAAACCUGGACCUUUGUUAGAGAACUAUGUAUUCACCAAAGACUCAGGCCUCCUAUUUAUUCAGCUGUGUAACCCUUAUCUUGUAAAUAAAAAAAGCCAUUCUUUUCAACAGAAAAUAAAGAUUAAU